GUCACGUGAUGUUUUCGCUGGGUCGUAGUGAUGUGUAGCCACCAUGAGAGCGAGGGAGAGAAAUAAAGCUGCAGGAUGGCAGCGCGUCCGUUCGGUGCUUCUGCUCAGGUGCCGCGUUUUGUGCUGAAGAGACCCCGGAGCAGCGCGUCACUGCGCGGCGAGGAUUCUCACCGAGUGAACCCCCUCCCGGAGCUGUAACCCCCUCCUCCUCCUCCUCCUCCCCCGGUAUGGGCCGUGCGGCGGUGUAACGGAGGUAAAGUGACCUUUCAUUUCAUUUCCUCUCGUCGCUCCAUGGAGGAUCUGCAGGAUCGCGGUGUGAUGUUGACUCCGGAGGCGCCGCCGCGUCGUGUUGUUGUAAAAACGGCGGCGCUCGCGACCAGCGGAGAGCCUUCCUCCUCCUCCUCCUCCUCCUGCUGCUGCUGCUCAAUCAAUAACGGCGGCUCGCGCUCGGCCGCCCCGCACCCCCCCGCCGGCCCUCCGCGCAGACUCCCGCCGCCCUACCACUUCAGAGUUCACCAUGUGUUCCCGGAGGAGAGCGCUCAGGACCCCGCGCUGAGGAGACACCUCCCCGCGCUCCAGUACAAGGUGCACGACUCCGCCUUCUGCCGCGUGCUCAGCACCGACACCACCGCCGCCGCUCUGGCCGCCGCCGCCGCCGUGUGCUCGGGCAGCGUGGACGCCGAUGUGUGGAAGUGCGGGUACCUGAGGAAGCAGAAACACGGCCACAGGAGGUUCUUUGUGCUGAGAGGGCCCGGGGCCCUGGGGCCCAGCCGCCUGGAGUACUACGACAGCGAGAAGAAAUUCCGAACUGCUCUGAAAGCUGCUGCCGGGGCGGUGUGUCCCCCCAAGAGGGUGAUCUACCUGUCCCAGUGUUUCACAGUCAACAAGAGGGCUGACGCCAAGAACAAAUACCUCAUCGCUCUGUACACUAAAGACGAGUAUUUUGCCAUGGUGGCGGACAGCGAGCAGGAGCAGGAGGACUGGUACCUGGCCCUCACGGAACUGAUGACCGAGGGCAAAAAGGGGCAGCUGGACACAGACGAGCUGGACGACGGCUACGGGACCAUUUCGCCCGGGACCAUUUUUAAGGAGGUGUGGCAGGUGAACGUGAAACCCAAAGGUUUGGGGCAGACCAAGAAUUUAAUGGGGGUGUACCGUCUGUGCCUUUCUGCCAAGACAAUUCACCUGGUGAAGUUAAAUUCUGAGACCCCUGCUGUGAACCUGCCCUUGAUGAACAUUCGCCGUUGUGGCCAUUCGGAGAGUUUUUUCUUCAUCGAGGUGGGGCGCUCUUCUUCUAUUGGUCCAGGUGAGAUCUGGGUGCAAGUGGAAGACUCUGUCGUGGCUCAGAACAUGCACGAGACCAUUCUCGACACCAUGAAGGCUUUGAAGGCUUUUCCAGACUUCAGACCACGGAGCAAAAGCCAGUCCUCUGGGUCCAACCCCAUACCUUUUAUCACGACCCGCCGCCAAUUCGGUAAUCUCCCUCCCAGCCAGGCAGGGCUCCAGCGUGCCUCCAGAACCGAUUCAGUGACGGGCAUUCCACCUACAGGAAAGAAUAAAGGUGUAAUAGGACAGCGCUACCGUACCUCCAGCGAAGGCGAGGGCACCUCAGACCGACCUCUCAGUUCCGGCACAGGCAGCUUGUUGCACCUGAACACGCCCUGUCUGAACGUGGGCCGGGAGGAGAGUGGUGGCUGCUGUGCCCAUGCCUCACCAGGUUCUGUCCAUCAUACUCGCUCUGCCUCCCUCCCCGUAUCGCACUUUCUCUCUGCUACCAGUCCCAUCAGUGUUUCCAGCAGCAGCGGCCAUGGUUCAGCCUCAGACACGCACACGCGACCCUCCAGCUCCUCCAUCUGUGGCUCUCCCAGUGAUGGAGGCUUCAACUCCUCUGAUGAGUUCUGUCCCAGCCCCUGUGACUUCAGAUAUUUCCGUGCAAGCAGCAGUACACCUGAACCACACAGCGACACUCCGCCCAUUAGGGAGGACUAUCGACUAGCAGACUACAUGGCCAUGGAUUGGUACAAAGACACACAAGGUGGCGCCAGGACUUUUGAGGAGGAGAGCAGUUAUAUGGAAAGAACUUUUCUGAAGCUCGCACAUUAUGCCAAGCCAAAACCUGCUAAUAGUUUAGGGGGUGUGCACCAGAAAGCGACGCAGACUUCGUCUUCAUUAGAUGAAUCGAGUCCUGUGGAGUCAAAACGGCAUGCUGUCUGCUCCUGCCUCCUUAAAACAGGCUAUAAAUCUUACUCUGAGUUACAUCACCCAAACAGGCCUCCCUCGCUCAUUUCAGACGGUCAGAAGAAACUGCCGAAGGAUGAUGGCUACAUGCCUAUGAUAUACAGCGUUGUCCCUUCUCAUAUGGAUUAUACCCCUAUGCAACCCAGAGCGAACCACGUGGCCACCCUGCACCUUCAUCCCGACCGACACGGUUACAUGAUGAUGCUGCCGCCACGAGACAGCCCUUCUCCUGGAAUAACCAGUCCCUCCAGCAGAAGCCAAAACGAGUACGAUGAUUACAUAGACAUGUCCCAAAUCUGCUCCACAGAAAGCUACAGGCAGGCUUCCCCUGAAGGCCCCAAGGUUUACGGCUCUUAUUUCUCCCUUCCACGUUCUUACAAAACUCCGUGUCGAGAGGAUCGCAGAAAAACUGAAUAUGUUCCAGAGUCACCAGUUGAACCUCAGAGCCCUUCCAGUCCAGGAGAGUACAUCCACAUGGAGUUUGGAGACGGGUCUCCUCAUGCAGCGUCCCCCCCGUCAGCAGUGGAUUCCCCCUCCAUGCCAAGUUCCCAGCCUUGCCAUCAGCUGUGCUGCUCCCCACCUGACCACGAUUACAUGGGUCUAAACAUGGACAACCUCCUGAAGAACCGUCCUCCUCGGCACUCCCUCGUAGCCCCGUGGAACCCUCCGAACUACGCACGGCCCUUAGGAUGCACCUAUGGCCAGGUUCAGAAUAACUUUGUCCCUAAGAACAUCCACAGAGAAGCUGAGAGUCCCUCUAGGAUGAUCCAGCACCUCUGUGUCUCUGAAAGGUCACCCAGCCCUCGAACGGAGCCUAAGGUCAUUCGGGCAGAUCCACAGGGCCGGAGGAGACACAGCUCAGAGACGUUCUACCCCAGUGCUGGUGGCUCUGUGGGUGGAUGUGCUGCCAGAUCCUCUGCUGUUGUGAAUCUUGUAGAAGGCUGUCGAUGGCAGAAUUCUGCCUCAUUUGAUAGCGUGUGGUCUUACACAGAAGAUCAAGGAUCUACUGACUCUGUUCUCCUCUCUGCUAACUGUGCCACUGGAGGAACGUGCUGCAACGUUUCAUCCAGCUACCUCAACUACAUCGCUCUGGACCUGAGGGAAGUCCCAAGGAUCGCCCACGACGCCACACCUCCACGCCCAGCUCACGGGACACUCGAGGAGGGCGAGGCCUGUGCUGGUUUGGAUUUAUCCAAGUCAGGAGGACACACCACUGCCUCGAAAGAGUGAGGACGCCACACACUGGGAGGAAAUCAGAACUUUGGAAAUCCAGUGGACUCCAGAAUGCCGAAGAGGAAGACGUCCUCAUCCUCCUCUUCAUCAGACCUCCAACUGCAGAGACUGAAUAAACGACGGCGUCUUUUGCUCUGUAUCUCCGACAUAACUGCCUCACACGGUUCCAUUUUUAUUGUUCAUUUGAAACACACUUGUGUUAUUGUUUACGUGAGUGACUGUGCUGAUUGUGAGUCCAGAACCAGAGCCGUGAACUUCAUCCAGACUUCGAGCACUUACUGAUCUCCACAACGUCCUCAUUCACAGUCCUCACACAACCCGCUGAAUCUCUGUAAAUACGAGGUACUUGUGUAUCAAACAAGGUUUUGUAAAAUGUGCCAACUGCUUAGUAAUCCUCUACACACACACACACACACACACACACACACACACACACACACACACACCACCUUCAGAUUGACACUAGUUGAUUUCACUUCUACUUAGGACUCAGAUACACUGGAUAAAUGUCCCCUGGUUAGCGAGUCUGAAAACUGGUUAAGUGUUCAGAUUUUCACUGAUUCAGUAUUCAGUUAUAAAACACUUCCACCGUUGCUGCAGAAGUGUGUGUGUGUGUGUGUGUGUGUGUGUGCGCGCACUGUAGCAGUAGAUUGGCCUGAUGUUUGGAGAUCUCUCAGAGUUGAGUGUAUUUCUGUGUAUCCGAGCCCUAAAGAGAUUUUAGUAUAAAAUCAGUACUUUCUGCUCGUGGUGUGUCGGAGGACGGCGUGAUAUCAGAAAAUCUCACUUGAACACGAUUCACAGACUCACAGAUACAGAGCACUUUGUUAGAGAAAUAAAAAUAAGGCAGUGUUUCUACGUCACAUCGUCGCUACCUCCGAUCCAUAUCACUGGAAAUCUGUUCAAUAAACACGUCUCACUCACACAGUCACGGCGGAUCUGCAACCGGGUCGGCCUAGAAUCCCUUUAGACGUAAUGUGUGAGCUCUCUCUCUCUCUCUCUCACACACACACACACACAAAACUUCUUGAUGAUGUAUUUGAGUCUUCAGUAUGAAGGAACGCUGAGCCAACACCUUUUCAUUCUGCUGUACUUUGUAUUUACUUCAUGUUUGUAUUUAAUUUGUGUUUAUUUUGUGUGUAAAUGCUGCAGUUUUUUACUGUGUUCAGUUUCAGCCCUGAAAAUGAGAAGAAAGAGAGAGAUGUUUACUGAAUUGUUCCUCAGAUCCACACAGAUGUGAUUCCUAUAAAACAUCUCCGCGGUCCACACGGUGCACGCUGAGGCCGAAAGAUCCACACACCGCCCUGUGCUCUGUUUAUUUGUUUGUUUAUUCAUUCAGAUUCCUGAACAUGAGACCGUUUGUACAGAGCCCUGCUGGUGAUGCAGUUAUGUUCGUGUGUUGUUACAGAAACGGAGACCUUCAUGUAAAUAAUGGAGUUAUUUAAGGCCAUGUGUUUCUCACACAUUUUUUGUAUCUUUAUUUAUUUAUUUAUCUAUUUAUUUAUUUUAUUAUUAUUAUUAUUUUCCCUGAGGGUUAUUCCCUGCCCCUCCCUUGCCUGUAGCUGAAAGCUUUCUAAGAGGGUGUGUCGGUUUGGGGUUGUGGUGGAAAGCUGUGUAGUGAGAAGUGUUUAGCUUUGCAGUCGUAGUCCAGAUGAUGUUGGGACAAUAAUAAAACCCACUCUGUAUGUCAGUGAGCUUCCCAUUUGUUUGUGGUGCUCUGGAGGCCAUUCUUCUUCCUUUAACUAGCAUUUGUGUCAUGCUAUUGUGUCCUGAUAUUGCGUUGCUUUCAGUGUAUGUAAUAUGUGAUGUGGGAUUGAAGGGGUGAAAAAAUACUAACAGUAAUAGUAUACCGUUUCUUGGGACCUUUUCUACACAAUAAGCUGAAAAAUAACCACGCUCUUGUUUUUAUUUUGUACUUUGAGAUGUUCUGAGGAUCUAGAACUGAGGGAAACGGAUAUCGUAAUCAUUGGAAUCAUGUUAUUGGUCUUUUUAUUCCUUUACCUUGUUGUUUUAGUUGUUAAGGAAGAGAGCAGCAAGAAAAGAAAAAACUAUGACCUGAAAUGGGCCGAGUGUGUGCUGACAAUUUGCAUUUCUUUUCUCUUGAGGAUUCCAGUCAAUGCUCACAGUCUACUGCGAUAACAGUUUGUGAUUGGGCCGAACCACACUGAGAAUCGGAUCAUUCGAAACACUGUCUUCCUUUGUAAAUAUUGUAAUUUUUUGAUAUCCCUUUCUCUUGUUGAUCAUGCUACACAGCACCCACUUUCCUUGAUUUCAGAACGAGGGUGUCUGAGGAUUUUUUGUCGGUUCUACAUUUUUAUAUUUUAUUUUUGGUGUAUAUUUAACAAAUUGGGUUUUGCUUGUCAUAGAGCUAUUGCAAUAAAAAAAAGUGCCAAGGUA